GGGAGAAAAGGGUGGCAGUUCCAUGGGCGGUGUCUGAGUAUAAAAUCAUGCUUCAGCUAUUUGCUCAGCUCCUGCGCAACACACCUCUGUGACUCUCUGGAUAAACUUACCUCAAACCGCAAUCAUGCCCUCUGAUUUGGAAACAUCGAUGGAGACGUUGAUCAAGGUGUUCCACAAGUAUGCGUCAAAGGAGGGCGACAGCGGGACGCUCAGCCGGAGGGAACUCAAAUCACUGAUGGAGGCAGAACUGGCUGGAUUCUUGAAGUCGCAGAAAGACCCAGGUGCCGUGGACCGCAUCAUGAAGGACCUAGACACCAACGGUGAUGGCGAGGUGAACUUUGAAGAGUUUGUGUCACUGGUCGUCGGGCUGUCCAUCGCCUGCGAGCAGUGCUACCAGAUGCACUUGAUGAAGGGGAAGAAGUAAGAUGCUGAUAGAGGUGCAGAAAAAAGGAGUUGAGAAGUGUUAGUCUUUUCUACCAAGUCAUUUUUUAUAUUCAAGUUGUAAUAAACACUGUCUUGUGAUUUAA